AUGGGUCCAGGUGGUUUUAUAUAUGUGGUUCAGCAGGUAAUGAAACGACCUAAACUCAUCGAUGCAGCAUUUGGAGACAAAAAGUUCCAGAAUCAAAACCUCAAUCGAAUUGAUGAAGCCGUUAGAGAUGGAUGCAUGGCAUAUGGACUUGCAGCAGUUCAAGAGUUCCGGAAUAGCGACAUGUUUCCAUCUAAAAAAGCACUCGAACAGUGGGAAAAAGAGCAUGGUAAUCAUCAUGACUUACUUUUAAGUUCUUUUAAGAAGUGGAUUCAACAACAAAACAGCAUGGUUACUUUCCAGUACCACAGUCAGAUGUUCACGCUGUUUGGUCCUUUGCGAGAACUUUAUCUUUCAAGUGUGAAGCUUUGUCAUGGUGUGAAACGUGAAGCAGCUUGGAUGGUUAUGUUACCUUUAUUUGCACAAUUGCAAAAGCGCAAUUAUUGGACGGAGGCUUUUGUGCACAUUGUAAACGUAACUGCUGCUUGGCCUUAUGCAAUACGUAAAAUCCUGGAAAGAAAUUGUUCGGUGAGUGUCAAUGGAAGAUGCGGCCAUAACAUUGGCCUUGAUGAAUGGGUGGAAACGUAUUUGGUACAACCUCUGAAAAACUAUGCAUCAGGCAAGUGCAUAAAAUAUAACCCAGUAAAAUACUGAAAUCAAUAUGUAUAUUGUACGCUGUUUCAACAACUUGUUAUCAGGUUGUGCAUGUUACGAGUAAAACUAGCGUACACACGUAAAAACGCACAUCUUCAGACCUUGUAAUACAGUAAGUCUGUUCACAAGCUUUCAACAAUUUGUGUCUGCUUGUUCAAAGCUGCUAACAAAUAUGGAACAGCUUGUUAACAAGUUGUAACACCCUUUUGGAUUAUUUGACUUGUUGCAAGGUUGUUCCAAUAAGUAUAUGGUCUACAUGUAUGAUAAUAUACUGUAACAUGUUAUAUCAAGACUCUGUCAGACGUGUUAGAACAAACUUGUAACAAGUCUGAUAAUGCCAUCUGGUUUGCUACAAGUUGUUAACAGCCUUGUUGCAAACUUGUUACAACAAGCUGGGAACAAACAGUGAGAUUUGUUACAAGCUGUGCGUUUUUUUUUGCGCAUGUACAGUAUGUCCAUUUGUUAGAUUUCCUAAUUUUUAUAUUCAUAACAUAGGACAUUCAAGCGUGAACAUAUUGCAGCUCAUAUCUGCCAACCUGGAUACCAUUACCAAAAUAAGAAACACAUUCGCCGGUCAUGAAGCUUUCAAUGUUCACCCUACCACUUCCCACACAGAAGAAGAUCCAUUUCCAGACCAGCGGAAAGGAAUGUGGUUUUGUUUGAAAGAGCAAUUUUUCAAUCCGCCUGACAACACCAACUCAAUUAGGGCGCUAACAAACCAAGGUGAAGUAAAAGGCAAGGUGUCGAUGACACUUCUAAAUGUCUAUGAGAAGGGAAAGGUCAAAGUGGCAGAAAAUUUUGAACGAAAAAUGUUCAUGAAUUUUCAUGUAAAACCCAAUGAUACUGAUAGUGACGUCAGUGACGAUGAAGCAGAUGCAAAUACAGUAGUGGGAUAA